CUCCCCCUUCACUCUCAGAGGCUGUCCGUUCUGCCGCAUCCUCUUCCUCGACCUCCGCAGCUCGCGCAAAGCGUGCCAAGGACGACGCAGAUGACUUUCACGUCAUCGCAUCGACUUCUCAUCGCAGAACCACCUCCAUCGCGUCUACUACCAACGGUGCCCUCAGCGCGCCCGCACCCACUGCUUCCAAGCGAGCAAAGCGGAAGGGCAAGGAACCCGUAGCUCCUGUCGACGAACCAGCAGACGCAGCUCCACCAGACGCGAUAGAUGAAAAGCCCGUCGACAGUACAACGGACGGAGAGAAAGGCGAUGAGGAUGGAGGAAUCACCCGUUGCGUCUGCGAAAGUCUGGAUGACGACGCGGAUGCUCCAGAUUUCAUGAUUCAAUGCGAUAAAUGCCUGACAUGGCAGCAUGGCCCAUGCAUGGGCUUCUCCCAAGAGAGCGAAAUUCCCGAGGGCGUUUAUUAUUGCGAGCAGUGUAAACCAGAGGAUCAUGUCGAGCUUCUCAGGAAACUAGCUAAAAGGCAACGACAUAGCUCUGAGAAGUCGGCGCAGGUCUCGCAACGCUCUCGGACGUCUCGCUCGCACUCCCCGACACAAUUCUUAAAACAAACAAAGCGCCGAAACACAAUGAACAGUCGUGAUGCCGCAUACGAAGAAAGUAUACAAGAAAUUCUCGAACAAAGCGCGGCGGAAGCCGCGCCCCGUGCUGACACUCCAGCCAAAGAUAGAGCCGAAAGCGUGGCGAAGACGGAGGAGGUCUACGAGGAGAUAAUUGAAAUAGGACCGGGAGGGCGAAAGAAACGGAAAAGACUGGAUGACGACAUGAUGCCAACUAAACGCAAGCGCUCUGCGUCUUUAAUAUCGGAGGAUGUUGGAUCUGCAAUUACUGCACUCGACAAGGCAGACUCAGCCGCGCCGAUCACCACUCCUCUUUUGCCACCACCUGCGCCUACUAAGUCACGUGCUAGACGAGGUGGCCGGAAAAACGCCGCUGCUCAGGAACCCUCUGUGAAUGGCGAAGGCGAAGAUGCGGGGACUUCCACAGCAAAGAAGCAUCCCAAUCAAUAUACAUACCGUGGAAAAAAUGCGAACGGCGUGUCUCGUCGUGCGCCGCAAUCAGCAACAAGCCAAGGUCAACAGACUAUAAGCACACAUGAGCAUGGAACUCGCAGAAAUGCUAGUAAUGCGGCCAACGGCGGGAGCGGCUCUGGUGGAAGUUCAAGAAACAACCACAACGCAUAUUACAAUAAUGUCCAAUUGCCUAUGUUCGCAAGCUGGGGUCUCCCAGAUUACCUUGCCCACCUCCAGUCGAUACUCCCUUCCGAGAUUCCGCCAGCGUUACAGAUUCGCGGUGCGACGAGCUUUCUUAAGGAAGAAACUAGCGAAACGACCACCAGUGGCACGGUGGAGAACGCCAAUUCGCAAUCAAACGCGCGUGGAUCUAUGGGACCGCCGCCUAAUGAACCUACCGAUUUGCAGGCUGCCCAGAUGGCAAGCGCGUUGGCGAGUGCUACAGAAUCUGUCACUGAGCGUGGCGUUAAAGUAAAAUGGCCUGCAAAGCGGAUGAGCGUUGCUGAUAUGAAUAAGCGAGUGCGAGCUCUUGUGGAAUGGGUGGGGCGCGAACAGGCACUUGCGCUUGAUAGAGAACGGAGAAAAGCAGCACUUGAUAAUGCUUUACAAGUACAUUUAGAGAAAGUUCGUUUGGACUCGACUAUAACGACUACUGCUGAGGCGGCGGAAAGUGCAAAAGCAAACGGCGACGACGUCCCUGAGGAGCCAUCCGCGAUGUCUGUUGACGACACAGCGCCUACCACUAAUGAGCCUGAGAGGGAUAAAAUUACUACAGCAGCACUACCACCACUAGAAUCGGAUCGCUUAGAAACGCCAAGACUAUCAUUCGCCGCAUGUCUCAACUCCUCUUCCACGACACGUCCGUCGACGUCCAAAAUGAUGGAGGAGCUCAUGGAAGAAUUGAUCAGUUUCCAGGAGCGAUUUGGUCCGAGUGCAAAGGGCCAGGCAAGGGAUCGACGUGUUGUUGCAUUGGCAUAGCAUAUAUGCGUGUGCUUUGUCGUUUUACUUGUCCCCGCCACCCACAUCACUAGUUUCAACGGAGUUUUGUAUCCAUUUUCCUUUAUCAUGGUUGCGCACAUCCCCUUAUCCCAUUUCGUCCUCAGCUUCCAGUUUUCUGUCUCUUUCCAUUGCUGUCCUAUCAGGCUAUUUUUUGUGCGUUUUCUCUACUAUCGACCAUGAUGACUUUUUUAUUUGUAUGUGAUGUACCCG